UGGGCGUGACGUCACGAGUUUUCUGAACGUCAACAACAACCUGCAGCAUCAGAACCUGCCAGCGGCGGUUCCCAGUGGGCGGUUCCUGGGGCUGAGUCACCACUGGAGAGUGGGAAGGUCUGGAGAGAAAGAACGAGAGAGAGAGAGAGGGGAGGGGAGGGAGAGAAGAAACAACCACGAGAGGAAGAGAAGACGCGACACACCACUUGUAUGUGAGUGUGUGAGAGAGAGAGCGAGAGCAACUGAGCGAGCUGCCGGGAGAGCGCGAGUAAGGGAGGGCGAGAAACACCGCCGGCAUCGAGGCUGGGAGGCACCAUGAGCGAUGUCACCAUCGUCAAAGAAGGCUGGGUGCAAAAAAGGGGAGAAUAUAUCAAGAACUGGAGACCACGCUACUUCCUGCUGAAAACGGACGGCUCGUUCAUAGGUUACAAAGAGAAGCCACAGGACGCAGACCUACCCUAUCCCCUUAAUAAUUUCUCUGUUGCAAAAUGCCAACUGAUGAAGACAGAACGACCAAAGCCCAACACAUUCAUCAUCAGAUGUCUACAAUGGACCACCGUCAUAGAGAGGACCUUCCAUGUGGACACGCCAGAGGAAAGGGAUGAGUGGACGGAGGCCAUCCAGAUAGUAGCAGACAAACUCCAAAGACAGGAGGAAGAGAGGAUCCAAUGCAGUCCCACGGCUCAGAUGGACAACAUCGGAGAGCUGGAGGAGAUGGACACCUCUACCAGCCACCAUAAACGGAAGACAAUGAAUGACUUUGACUACUUAAAACUACUGGGAAAAGGCACUUUUGGUAAAGUGAUUCUAGUGAGAGAGAAGGCUAACGGGAAAUAUUAUGCAAUGAAGAUUUUGAAGAAAGAAGUCAUUAUUGCAAAGGAUGAAGUGGCACACACACUCACAGAGAGCAGAGUGUUAAAAAACACCAGGCACCCUUUCCUAACUUCUUUGAAGUAUUCCUUCCAGACUAAAGACCGCCUGUGCUUUGUAAUGGAAUAUGUGAAUGGAGGAGAGCUGUUUUUCCAUUUGUCGAGAGAGCGGGUGUUCUCUGAGGACCGCACGCGCUUCUACGGUGCCGAAAUAGUCUCCGCUCUGGACUACCUGCACUCCGCCAAGAUUGUGUACCGGGAUCUCAAGCUGGAGAACCUAAUGCUAGACAAAGACGGACACGUCAAAAUCACAGACUUCGGGCUCUGCAAGGAAGGAAUCACAGAUGCUGCUACAAUGAAGACUUUCUGUGGAACGCCGGAGUACCUAGCUCCAGAGGUGCUGGAGGACAAUGACUACGGCCGGGCAGUGGACUGGUGGGGUCUGGGCGUGGUCAUGUAUGAGAUGAUGUGCGGUCGGCUACCCUUCUACAACCAGGACCACGAGAAGCUGUUUGAGCUGAUCCUCAUGGAGGACAUCAAGUUCCCCCGCACGCUGUCGUCAGACGCCAAGUCACUGCUGUCAGGACUACUCAUAAAGGACCCCAACAAAAGGCUUGGAGGAGGUCCAGAUGAUGCUAAAGAAAUCAUGGGACAUAGUUUCUUUACUGGAAUCGAGUGGCAAGAUGUUUAUGAUAAGAAGCUGAUACCGCCCUUCAAACCUCAGGUGUCGUCAGAGACAGAUACCAGGUAUUUUGACGAAGAAUUCACGGCACAGACAAUUACAAUAACUCCCCCUGAAAAAUUUGAUGAAGACGGGAUGGAUUGCAUGGACAACGAGCGGAGACCACACUUCCCCCAGUUCUCCUACUCGGCCAGUGGGAGAGAAUGAUCGCUGUAUCCAGACAGUACUGCACCACCAUCAGUACCAAUGGAAGGUUACAGUAUAAAACCAACCUAGCCUGAGCUAACCCCUCCUCUCUCCAUUUGGGUCAUUCCAUAGUGAGCAUGGAGAUCCAUCACUGUAUGUUUUAUGUGUCUGUUUUUUCAUGGGGAUUUUGCAUGUGUGGUCAGACAGAAGUUCAGCCCUGUUGGUAGUUCCCGACAGUUAAAGGUGCAUUUCUUAUGGAAUGCUCCUUUUAAAGCCUUGAAACUGACUCAAGAGGGCAAACGGGUUUGUUGUGUUGUGUGUCAUUAGAUCCCUUGGUCAUUGACUUCUGCGAUCCAGUUCUAUCUACUGUAGGAGACUGACAUUCCUGGUAGGGAGCGCUGCUGUCUUUAGCGUUCUCAUUUCACAUAGGACAGUAUACUAGAACUCGAGAUUCACAGGAGAUUCUCCAUUUGUUUGCUGUGUCAUAAUCUGCAACGGUCCUCAUUCUUCUCUUGAUGACAUUUGGGUUUACACAUUAUCGUUUGGUUAGCUAACAUCUGUGUUGUGUGUAUAGAAAUAAGUUUACUAUAGAAUUAGAGAUUUUUCUUUCAGAAGUCAAAAAUGGCCAGAAAACGGUUCACUCAGGCUACACAGAGAUCAAUCUGUCUUCACCUCCGUAUACAGGUCACCGGUACUGCUAUCUUUACUCUGCAGGUCAAGCUACAAGCGCUAACUAUACAAACCACCUCCACCACUUCUCAUGGACACUAUGACUGUAGUCUCACAUAUUAUACUGUUACGUCAUUUUGUCCCUUAUUUAAGGUGUGCAAAAGUAAACCUCUAGUCUCGUCUGCUAUUUGUUGAUAAGCUGUGAUUUUUACUUUCUCCUCUCGCCUGUGAAAUCAGUCAUUCGAAUAGUGUGAACGCUUUGGGAUGUUGCUCUGCCAAUGUUAUGUAUGAAUGGGAGUAAAUGUUUGUGUACUGUGUGUAGAGAUUUUAAGAGAGCCUGAAGGCACAGCACUGUUGGCUGUAACCUCCUGUGAAUCCGAGCUGUGCGUUAGCUGUCAGGAACAGCAAGGUUCACCUCAACUUGUCUAACAGAGAGGAAGAGCAUUCUAGGUAUGUGUGUCAGGGUUAUCUGGCUGAAGGUAGAUGCUUCCCACAACUGAAAUUAUGUAAAGCUUUAUUUCAGACAUAUCACCAUAGAAAAUAAAAGCAUUCAAAAACAAAAAUGUAUAAAUGUGAAUGAGAAAUGCAAGAUGGUGGCUGUUUACUGUCUAAUGCUCCUGUAAGGGGGGUGGCUAAUGGGGUUUGGGGGUGGGGCUAAACCUGUAAGAAGGGUGAAGGAAUUUGAAUUAUCUGACCGGGGUGGGGGACAUACUGUAUAACUAUGAUUCAAUGGGGACAAGAGGGAGGUAUUGGCAUUGUUUGAUUUGGACCACAGCAAUGGCUUCCUGUUGUUUUAUUUAUUUGUUCUUUUGUAUAACUGUUCUUGUUAUAUGAUUAGGAUUAAUGUCCAGUCUUUUGUUCUGGAUGAAAAAGGCACCUCGAAUAAUGGCUUAAGAAUGUAGAAGCAAAGCCUUCAUGUUGUCGUUUUUGUUCUAAUUUUUUAUUUUUGUUGGUUUGUUUCUUUGUUCUCUUACCAAAAUAUGACGACAAUGAAAAAGACAGAGCAGACAGCAUAUUAAAGAGUUCUAUCAGUAUCAAGGUAUUAUUAUUAAAUAUUUUCAUAAGACUUUUACAUUUCACGGGCAUCUAACCUGGAAUGUCUAAUUGGUAUUAAAACCUUUAAGUUCUCUUCUCCACAUACAGUAUAUAAGGGCUGUAUAAGCUUCAACUGGUAUGACGCUACUGUUGUCUUCUAGCAUCUGAGCAUUCCUGUAAUACAUGUAAAUACAUGAGAAUGGCACAGAACAAGCUUCCUCAAACUGUGUAAUUUACUACAUUUUAGUUGCUUAAUAACACACUGCACGUUUAGGCCUUUUUCUUUACCUCUGCUUUUUAGAACAAGAAAAAUAUGACAUUAGAAUGAAUAACUUAAGCAUUUACAAAGGGAAUAUAUUCAUUGGCUCUACGGUUUUAAAGUCAAGAGAUUGUAAGAAUAGGCGUAGAUGGAGAAUAGCUACAAAGCUUACUGAAGUAAUGAGUAUUAUAGACUCUGUGACCAAUGUUCCAAGGGUAGAUACACUGUAUAAUUAACUUUAUUUUGUGGCUGACUACUUUGGGAUCUUGUAACAGCUUUCAAUGCUACAUAGAAUGUAGUUUCCUUAACAUUAUGGUGUUGUAUUACCGUUUUACUAUAGCUAAUAGUCAAUUACCAAUAAUUUUUUGGGGUCAUCAUUUUAUUUAAGUGUACCACAGUCAGCAUAGGAAUCUUCAAGUGAUAGUCAAGCCAACCACCUACUCUAUGCUGACUGGCAUCAUUUGAUUUAUUCUAAAAGUGUACAACAUUCAGUAACUUUAGCUCUGUGGAAGAAGAGCCAUAGUAUUCAAUGGAACGUAACACACCAUUCUGUAUAACUAUAUAUUUUCUUGCUAUUUUAAAGCUAGUUUCCUUCAAUUCUACACAUUCUGCCAUGUCUUAUGUGUGUUCAUGUCAUAUCCGAGUGACUCAAACAUUACAACAUAAUCAAUGGGCUAAAAACCAUUAGCUGACAUGGACUAGUUGAUCUGGACAUUUGACAAGUUAUAAAUAAGUCUCUACGGUCUACAAUGACAAGAGGAACUGAUGAUGUACUACCCAAUUUUUAAAUUUCACCUUGUGCUUUCUACUAUUACAACUUUCAAAAGUCCGACUAAGUUCCUAAGAGAACCACUAAGGCACAAGUCCUAUCCACUAGUCAUAAGUUAGCCUUGCUUAGCAUCAAUGUGACCUACGAUUAUCCAUUGAAAGGACAGAGUUUACACAUUCCUGAUUUCCAGGUUCCAUUCAAGUUCCAUUUGAUGUUUGUGAUAUAAUUUAGGUUCAGUAUAUUCCACCAGUGGUUUGCAAAGCAAGGAGGACGUAGCCUAUCACGCUAAUGUCAGAGCAGAAGACAAACCAUUUUUUUAGCAAGAGAUAUCCUGUCUGUGAAGGUAUGAAAAGAGUUAGAGUGAAUGUAGUGAUGUGGACCAAAAAGACCAAAGCAGAUGUAGUGACAUUUCUCAGAUUAUUACACAUUCCCAAAGGAUGAAUGAUUGGUCUUAUAUUCAUUGUAGUUGAUGGGGUCCAAUAAGAGGGAAAAGAGGAAGUUGAGCAAGAGAGAAGUAUAUUUUGUAUGCGUACAAUAUACUGUACAUUACUAGUUCAGAAAGUGACUGUGGUAUGGCUUUGAUAAGAGAACGAGUAGUCAUUUGGUAUAACUCAUUUUGAGGUGGCUCGAUAUAGUGAGUCUAUUGAAAAGGUAUGAUGGCCAUAACUUCAAAAAGUGUGACAUGAUUGGUCCAUAUUUAAGCCACUAGAGAAAGUCCUUUUUUUUUUUUUUUAAUGUUUUGCAUGGAACAGGUGUGGUUUUGAGAUUAUAUUGCAAAAUGAGAAAUGGUGAAUCUUGUUCAGCUGUGAUACAAGUAGGAAGUUAACUCUUCUCAUAAGAGAAGACUGUGAAAUAUGGGAAAGACAUUAUUUGUCUUAGCAGUUAAUUGUUCAUGAUUGAAUGUCAAUCUGUUGUUUUAUUAAUAUGGCCAAUUAUGUAUGAUAGAAGAAUGUGGAGAGAAACUGAACAACUGUGCUGUGAUCACUAACCCCUAGGCUUUCAAUUGUGUGGUUGUCUGUUAUGGUUGAGUUUUCUCUUUGUCUUCCAAGAUGCAUUCCUUUUUUGUUUUUGCUGGUAUGUGUUUUGACUAAAAAAGAAACAUUUCACCAUGUGUGAUUAAUAGGGGCUUUUAUGGCUUACAAUGUGAUUUUGAAUCAUUUUUAUUUAAACAUUUAAAAAAAAAAAAAAUUAUCAAUGGACAACUUGAAUUUGUUUAUUUUAUUUUUGAAUUGAAUAUGGUUGAGUAUAAUGUUUUGGGGUAUUUAGCAGUCAUGUUAUGGUCUUUAGUACUGCAGCUGAUUAUGGACGAGGGGGAAGGAAGGGAGAGUUACAGUAUUGUCUCUUUCGCCUUUUCGGCAUUACUAUUCGUUUUUCUGUGAAAUUCUGUUUCCUCCACCAUUUGUCAAAGUCACACAAAGAAAUAAAAUCUUGCAUAAUUAUGUCAGAUGCUUGAUUAUGUCCCUGGGGGAGAAGAUCCGCGAUAAAGCCUGAUUUUAAAUUUAAAGGAAAUGUUCCCGCAUUGCGGGAAUCUGCAUUCAUGUUAAAUGCUGCAUAUGUUGGCCCAAUCGGAAAUUGUCUUUACAUUUUAACGCAGAUCUUCCACGAUACGGAUUGAAUCCUACCCUUAGUCCCCCUUAACGGAAACUCCCAUUCCAAAUUGUAAAAAACUAUCGUUAGUCGUCGCAUCCCACGGUAUGUUGACAGACGCUACGAUACCAUCCUAUGUUAUGUGCGUCUAACAACGAGAGAUUACUGUGGCACUGCUUCAGACACAGAAGACUUCACAUUUCGCUUGGCUGAACUGUGACUAUUACUGGCUUCACGUGCUUGUGGGAAAUAGGAAACUGGGGUGUCCAACAUGUUGUUUAAGAGUAGUGCUUUUGAAGUCGGAACAAUUCUUCAACCAAUAAGCUUGCUAAUAAUAAAGUUGGCUAGCUUGCUUUAUAUUGACAAUAUGGUCAGACUUGCUACAUUAUUCACAUUGAUAAGGUUAUUGUAAAAAACGUAUGUUGUCAUGUUUUGGUUGAAAAGGUCAGUGGUAAGACGUGGCAACUCGGGGAACAACCUUUUCUGAGUUUCCUACUUGGAGGGUCAUUCAAGUUAAUUUUCCCACUGGGAAUUAGGAGCUUCCUAUAACUCCGAUAGCACGUGAACGCGGCAAUACUUCCAUUUCAUCCAUAUGAAUAUGCACUUGUAAAAAAGGAAUAGACUGUUUUUAUAAAGACAUAUUUGAGAACAGGGAAUUUCAAGGGGAAGCUAAUGUCCUUAUUGACGUUGCAGUGCACACUACCAAGGGCAAUUGGCAGUACGGGCCAAAACGAUAAUACGCUUUUUUUUAUUACAUAAAAAAACUGCUUUCAUGUAAAUUGCUCCUUUUAUGAUUUCAGAGAACUGAAAAUUGCCCUUACAUAUAAAAUAAAUAAAAAUAAAUAAGAGAAUUACUUGAAAGCACAGUCCCCUCAUGCAGUCCAUGCUUAAAUUAGUUUAUUGUUAAAAUAUUGUCAUAAUGAAGUGUGAUAAUAACAAGGCCAGGAGAGGCUGCUGGGAGACAACUUCAGCUGAGUGACACUGAUGAGGUCUUACCUUUCUACUGGACAUGUCUUACCUGUUAUUCUAAGAGAGCUCAGUUCCACUCAGUCACAACGAUUCAAUUUAGAACUCGCAGAUCAAAUAAAAAUAAAUUAAAAAAUGUAGCUAUAUAUGAGGAGGAUAUGUAGAACAUCCACCUAGGAAUCCCAGAUGUUUGUUUCUGCGGGUUAUUAACAGAGUGGUGUUCAGUUCCACUGGGUGAAGCAUUCUAGUGCCGUUGGCCAUCUCCAGGGUCAAAGGUCUGAGUUGAGCUGUGUGAUCGCCUCGACUCCGACCAACGACAAUGUGGGUUCUAUCCUUACUAACUGCAGGGUCUAUAUAUAAAUCUAUUUUACACCUCAGUGUACACACUUUGCUGCUACUGUUUGUAAUGUCUACAACAGAUUUUCUUGUCAUCUUGCUCCUGGUAGUGUUAUGAACGAGCAUGAAUUGUAAAGUAUUUAUUUAAAAACAAAUCGCUGUCAGAUGAAAAUCUCAUCUUCAAAACGGAAAACUUUUAGGAAAUUGAAAAAACUGCCAUAUUUUCCCAUUAACGAACAAACAAUUAUGAACUUUCAGAAGCUAUUUUAAAUACAUUUUAUUGGUCCUAGAGUCAAUGUUCAGAGUACAUUGAGUGGACUUACUGCUUUCAAUACAUGUCAAAAAUAACAUUUUAAAAAAGGCAAAAAGAGGAGUUACGAGGUUUUCAUCCAACAGCGACGUAAUAAUAACUUGUAAUUAAUUUGAUGUCCAUGUAGCUUCAGAGUUUGACAUUUUCUUGACCUUGCUAGCUCUGUCAUUAGAUCCACGUUAAGAGAUAGUCAUGUGGUUAAGGAUUUUAUGCAGAAGGGAUGAAGUAUCAGAAAAGAGAACAGUUGUAGUACUCUCUGUCAUUAAAGAAUACAAACCGUUUUCUUUCCCCUUGUGAAUAGGACCCGUAAGGAUGUGAAAAUUAUAUGAUCUGCAAGAAAGUGUUUUUGUACGUCCUUAGUAUUUUUACACGUAAAUGUAUAUGAUAGGGACACACAUUAUUUUCCUUCUUACAGACCGCUUAAAUAAAGCACCUUGUCAAUCUGC